UAUGCAUCCGUUAACCGCUGGAAUUAUUAAUUUAGGGUGAUAAUGGCAGCUGUGAGUCUGACGGAUCCGCUUUGCAAACCUAGCUCUUACAGCCCACAUUUCAAAGUUGAGGUGUGCGUGAAGAAGCCAUUGAUGCCCGUCCACCUGAGCAGUGAGCAGGUGGCUCUGGAGAUGCUGUGUCUCUGCAGCCAGUUGGACCUACUGAUCAGAGCUCAGGUCCAUCAGUUUCAGGAGCAGCUCAAACAGGACACAAGUCCUGAAGAGUCUAAGUGUUUUCAAAAACAAGGGGCAGAGAUAAUAUAUCAGAUGAACCAGUGCCUUGAACAUCUCAACGAACCUGUGCUUCAGCUUGAGGAGUAUUUGGAUGUUGUAGGAUUAUCUGCUCUGUUCCCUCGAGUUGAAGUUUAUAUGAUACACGGCAGCCCUAUUGACAUGUUGGAAAGACCGCCUUCAGAUGCUUAUUUUCCUCAUAUUGGGAGGCUGAAUCAGCUGCUGGUUCUCAGUCAGCAGUUAGAUGAAGAUGUGAAGCACCUGGGCAGUCAUAAGUACAUCGCACAUCAGCUAUCAGCAAUUUAUCAAGUCCUAAACUCUCUCAAAGAUAUUUUGCCAUUGUCCAUCAUAAGAAAGGAUAUUGAGGCUAAUUUCAAGCAGCUGAAGAAGUCUCUUACGAUAGAGGAGGGGUCUAAGCUGGAUCCUCAGUUGCCAGCAGAUCGCGUGAGCUGGUGA